AUGUCGGCAAAACGGCGCACACUCGAGUUAGGCAAUGUCCUUGUGGUUGGAGGCUGCGGCUUCUUGGGGUGGCACAUUGUUGAUCACCUGUUGAAUUUCCCUUCCGAGACCGACCCCAGUUACACUCUACCAAAGCCCGUCGGCGAUGCGCGCUUUGAGUACCCUACCCUAGGAUCUCGCUACCCGGAAUGCCAUUCGACCGUGUCUGUUGUCGAUUUGCGCACCACCAACAACCGUCUUCCCGGCGCCAAGUACUACGAUGGCGACAUCACCUCCGUCGACUCCAUGAUGGAGGUUUUCCGCGCUGUCAAGCCCGAUCUUGUUAUCCACACUGCUUCGCCCUCCAUGAUCGAGGGAAAUAAACCCUUGUUGCACAAGGUCAAUGUGGAGGGAACACGUACGCUUCUCGAGGUUGCUGGUGGCGAGCAUGGCGACUGGGGUGGUAAGUGCAAGGCAUUUGUCUACACCAGCUCCAGCUCCGUGGUCCACGACACACAGAGCGAUUUGAAGAACGUCAACGAAGAGUGGCCGUACAUUCGUGGUCCUGCACAGAAGGAGUAUUACUCCGAGACUAAGGCCGAUGCCGAGGAAAUCGUCCUGAAGUACAAUAAGAAAUCCCCCAAUGAGAUGCUGACAGCCGCUAUCCGCCCGGCUGGCAUUCACGGAGAGAAAGACACAACAGUGACACACAAGAUCCUAGAGCACGGAUCCAAGGCAUCAGAUAGAGUGCUACGGAUGCAGCUCGGCGAGAACGACAAUCUGUUCGAUUUCACCUACGUUGGAAAUGUGGCGUAUGGCCACUUGCUUGCUGCGCACCGACUCCUGGCAAGUUAUGACCUUCACGCGGCUGGCAAGGGCGGGCCCCUGGAUUACGAGCGCGUGGAUGGCGAGGCUUUCAACAUCACCAACGAUUCUCCGGUCUACUUCUGGGAUAUUACCCGUGCGAUGUGGGCACUCAUCGACCGUGUCGUUGAGCCGGAUCAGGUCUGGGCAUUGCCAGAGGGUCUUCUUGAGAUCGUCGGUGGUCUCGCCGAGACUGUCAUGGCAUUGUUUGGCAAGACCCCGCGUCUUACUGCCCGUACUGUGCGCUAUUCGUGCAUGACCCGCUACUACUCUGCCGAGAAGGCUAAGCAUCGUCUAGCCUAUAUGCCAGUGGUGCCCUUGGAUGAGGGUGUUGCCCGUGCAGUUGGGUAUAUUGUCGCCCAACAGAAAGCGGAUGCAGGAAAGAAGCAAUUGUAA